UUGGAUUUUUCACUUAGUAUUUCAGACAAUGAAUAAAUAAUUACUGCUAAAGUAAUUUUAACUACAGUAAACUAAUUCAAAACAUCAGGCUAAAUCUUUCAUAACACUGAAGGACGUUAAAGCAUGUUUAAUUUAUGAACAUAGAACAUUAUCUUGACUUAUUGAUUAUACUAUUGUUUACAGAGUUGUGUUUAACCAAUUUAUAAAUCAGUAAAAAAUGUUGGCACUAUUAUAUGAAGAUCUCAUUUCCUGUGUCUGACAUUUAAUUUACUUUAUUAAGCAAACAUUUGUUCAGAUUUACUAAACAAUCAGAAAGAAGAGACAACCUGAUGGAGUACAGUGACUAAAGUAUGAAUACAGUUUAAACAAGCGUCAAUCAAACUGGCUACAUCUGGUGAGAAAAGAGGCUUAACUUUGUCUGACUAUUUACUCAUCCCGGUAAGGAGGGGGUAUAGGGUGCGAGGACAAACCAAACCAUUAUUAUCAAAAAAUAUUAAAUAAAAUCUCCUCAAAGUAUCAGUCAAAAUAUCAAAAUUUCCCAAAAAUCAAACAGUUAUAACAGCAUACAGUUGUUCUACAAAGUGUAAACAUGAUCUCCUCUGUCAAAACUGUAGCCAUAUGUUGUAUAGACAGACUUAUAUCCCAUUAUGAACCGAGAUCCCGCCCCCUAAAUCCUCCCCCUGCUGCUCAGAGACACAGACAUAAUCUUCCAUCUUUCAGAGGGGAAAGACAAAUACAUUGCUCGGAUAAAUCAAAGUGUGGAGCUUGUGUAGGAUCGAAGAGUGGAUUUCAACCCUGGAUUCAGUGUUUCUACCUCAGUGAAACAGAGAAGCGCAGGACAAAAGUGUGGAGAGGAUUAUCCAGAGGCAGGUGAUGAUAUGGAAACAUUGAUCUGGUCAGACCUCUAAAUCACCUCUAGUGUUUUUUUACUUUUGAAUAUGGGGCCACUACAUGAGCCAGGAUGGCAGAAGAGGAGCCGAACCAAAAGUUGUGGGGAAUAUCAUCUCUCCAAUAAAUCCUUCUCUCAGCGCAGACAAUCUGCUCCCUCAGUUAUCCUCAGCAAAGCUCUUUCAAAGUCCAAACCUGUCUCCAGAGAUUGUAUAUCUCAGGUUAGUCAGGACAUCUGGGCCCUGAUUCAGUCUCUUCUCAGCCCGACCAGAAAGCUGAUUUGCCAAGGAAAUGCGCUUCUGCAGACAGGCCUUCAGACCCAGGAGAGAUACCUCAUCCUCUUCACAGAUCUGCUCAUCAUCACCAAGGCCAAGUCGGUGCUGCAGGUGAAGCAGAAGGCAUGUGUGCGGGUCAGCGAGAUGUGGACGGCUUGUUGUGUGGAUGAGGUUUGUGAGGCCAGUCCAGCUUCAGACAGGAGCUUCGUCAUGGGCUGGCCCACCACUAACUGUGUGGCCACAUUCAGCACUUCAGAAGAGAAAGACAGGUGGCUGUUUCUCAUUGAAGGUUGUAUAAAGGAAGAGAAAAAGUGUGAUGAGCCGAAGAUGAUUCCGCUCAAGAUAUUUGCAAAGGAUGUUGGGAAUUGUGCCUAUGCCAAGACUCUUUUUGUCAGCAACACAGAUUGUACAUCUGAUGUCAUUAGCACAGCACUGCAACAGUUUGGUCUUUCGGGUGGAGUAACAGAUUAUAAAUUGUGGGUGUGUUCAAAACAAGACGACACUCCAUACCCGUUAAUUGGUCACGAGUUUCCGUACAGUAUCAAGAUGAGCCACAUUCGGCUGCUGCAGCGAGAUGCAGUGACGUCAACCUACAGUCAGAUGGCACUGAUGCCCAUUGAUGCCCACUGUCAGUUCUUCCUGAAGCACAGUCAGAUUAGCUGCACACACUCUGAUCAGAAGAACAGGAGGAGGAGGAUGUCUCUACUCAGCUGGGCAUUUAAACGAGGCUCCAGCACUGAACGGUCUGUCCAGUCAGAAUCUCCUACUUAUACCAUUGCAUCUGCAUCUGGACGACUGUUUGGUCGACCGCUCACUGAUUUGAUCAAGGAUAAUAGCUUGCCAUCACCCAUUGUGGACAUGCUGAGGUGUUUGUGCAACGAAGGCGUCGUGACUCGAGGAAUAUUUCGGCGUUCUGCAGGAGUGAAGGCCUGUCGAGAGCUGAAGGAAAAACUGGAUUCUGGCCACUACGAGGAACCGCUGACUGGAGAAUCUGUACUAGUUACUGCUGCAGUGUUUAAGGAAUUUGUACGCAAUAUACCUGGCAGUCUGUUGUGUGAGGAGCUUUAUGAGCAGUGGAUCCAAGCAGUGGAGCAAAAAGAAGAAAGAGACGAACACUUGAUGGAGAGAAACCUGCAAGAAGUCCAGAGGCUUGUUCAGCUGUUGCCUAAAGAGAAUCUCCUGCUUCUGAGACACAUUAUAGCAAUGCUUCAUCAAAUACAGCUCAAUGCGGAGAUGAACCAGAUGAACUCAUUCAACCUGGCUGUAUGUAUAGCACCAAGCUUUCUGUGGAGCAGCAAACUACAGACUCAGGAGAACCAUGCCAGAAUGGUGUGUGACCUUGUGCAUGUCUUGAUUGACAACUGCUGUGAGCUGUUUGGGGAUGGAAUUAUAACCCUCUUAAAGGAUUUGACUGAAGACAAUAGAAGCAACCGCGGAUCAGUUGGCUCCCUGCACCAGAUGUCAGACUCGGGUUAUGAGAGUCUAAAGAAUGAAGUAAACACAGACACAGAGGACAUUUCUAAGACCAGACCUCUAAAAGACAGUCGUAGUAUGGACUCUCUCAUGUCUCUAAGUGACUGCGACCUCGACUGUCCAGAAAACAAGACCUCUUCCAACCCACUGACGCGUAUCAGAAACUUCACACCCACCGUGCGUCAGCCUCGAUCCCUCACAUUACAGAGACACUCCAUGCCUGCCUUUGCUUUGACUUCUCAUGAGCAGAAAACAGCCCGAGAGAGAGCCGAAGACCCAACGAGAGAGUUCCAGAGACCCGACGAGGUCAACAGUAAUGUGUUUUUGGAAGCCAGCUUUGAACAGCUUCAUUUCCUGAGGGAAAAACAAUCACCCCCGACCUCCAAUGUAACUUCACCAGCGCUCUCAUCUGUGAGCUCAAUGGAAUGCACUUUUUCUCCUCUGAACUCUCCAGCCAAGUUGCAAUCUGAUUGGCUCGUUCCAAAUGAUGCAGAUUACCAAAAAUCUAUCAGCUUUCAGAGUGAGAAACUAUAUCCUGCAAAUCAUCAGAUGAACAAAUCGGGGAAUUUACUGUCUAAAUUGACCAAAAAUCCUCCUUCUUAUGAACAAGCCUUGCAGCAGCUAAACCGAAAGGCAAUCUUACAGACUCAACCCCCACAGAACGGGAAAGGCCUUUUCUACAAGGGACCUGUGAGCACUUUAGGAGACUACCAGGUGUCUCCUGCUCCCAUCAGGUUCACCUGCCAAGCCAAUACAGAAGAGGAGAGCAAGUUGCCACAGAGUGUGUUUUAUGGCCAGAGCUGCAAGUUGACGAUGCACAGGGAACAGAAUGCAGAUAUGAAGUCUAGCAAACUCUCUGAGCAGCAGCUGAGGUGUAAAGCAUUGGAUUUGCAUCCCUCCUCUGGGAAAAUAGUUGGGGAUUUCAUUAUCGAUGCUUCCCCUAUCGCUGAGAAGCUGACGAAGAAGCAGGCAAUUGGGAAAGGACGCAGACUCAGCUGUUGCAGCAGCAGCCAGUGGGUUGUAUGAAGCCAAUAAAAAAUAAUGUUUUUAACCAACACAUAACCACUGGCAUUAAAUUAAUGGCAAUAAUGUGCCAUUUUAAGAUUACAGUAUAAGUAGAUUUUUGCACAAAUUUUAUGCAUGCACAUCGCCCGAUUUUCUAAUACGGAAGGCAGUAAACGUCCAAACAAAUAUGGAAUAUAGAAGGCAGUAUGGAUCAAAUAGAAAUAUGAAAUUUGACCAUGUAAAGAGUGCAUUGGGAUGGUUUUAAAUGGGUGUCUUUAGUUCGUGCAGACACAUAGUUUGACCAUGUUAUGGUGGCAAUUUUUAUCAAGACAUGAAUACAUGCACACAUACAUACAAGUCAGUAUACCUUUACAACAUCCUUGACAAAUUAACCCAUCUGUUUGUAUGCAUAUAUUUAAAUGGAUUUCUUCACAUUAAUCAGGUUUCAUAAAAGGUAGAGAAAGAAAAGAAAAUUUAAGGAAUAAAGUGACAUAUCAAAUGUGUUCAUUAAACGUAGGGGUAACCAUGAGUUAUAUUCAAAAAUAACAAUAAUGUCGACAACAAAAUGCAUUUUAAUUAAAUAAUAUUUAGAUAUUUGUUUGAUAAAAUAAGACAAAAAUAAUUUGUCCGAUUUUUUUUUUCUGGCUUAAGGCUAUUUUAAAGCUUUAUUUGUGAAAGUGUCAUUUAAAAACCAGCAGACUAGUCUAAAAUAGAGCUCUUUCGUUGGUUAUCGUGCUUGUUGAUGUGUUGACAUGGUCAAAUUACACAUUUUGAUCAAUACUUUUAUAGCCUUCCAUGUUGCCACAACUGUAGUAAACACAACGUACGCACAGCUCUGAUUUUUCUCGUACCAAGUGUCCACAAGGUGUCAGCACUGAACUGUAUAAUUGUGCAUUCAACUGAAAGUGUACAUACAAAUUAAGUAUUCAGUAUCUAACAAUUGAUUGCUACAUAUUAAUAGAAAGAUUCAUAUUCCUUUUGUAAUAUUUUAGCUAUUUUUCUAAUACUUAAUUUAUAUUAAUUCUAACAAGUUUCAAGCCAUAUCACUGAAAUCUCAAACUUUGAGCAUGAAAUGCCUUUUUUGUAAAUAUCUUUGAUCAUAACAAAACAACAUUUUGUUGUAAGUGUAACAUGUUUCCUUUUACAGUAUAUCUUUCAUUAUGCAAGUAAAACUAUUUAAGGUAUUUAUUUAAAAGCAGCACACAGUCACAAAACUUCUUUUCAGGAUUACGUUGGGAAAUACGUUCCUUGUUGAACCUAAAACAAUUAAGUAUUUUAAAUAUUUUAAUCCUAAAAGAUGAAUGGCACAUUUCUGAGCUCCAACAGGAUUAUAUACACUGAUAUUUGUGAGAAUUUUAAAAAUGAAUGUAUCAUUUUUGUUUGACUGUAGUGAGAUUGUAAAUACAAUACUGUACUUCAUAAAAAGGCUAUUUAAUGUAGACAUACAGUAUGUACUUUGAAUUUCAUGUUUUGUUAAACUAUAAAUGUUAUUAAAACCAGUAA